AUGAAUUAUGGGUCAGUUAGACCAGGUAUCACUGUUAAGUUUGGCAAGCGGAUUAUUGAUCCAAGGUACAACAAUAUAUUACACAAUGUACCCAUCGGUAUAGAAGCUACAGAAUACCUACAAUUCAACGUUGAUGAUCUUGUAACUUACGACAUGUCAACUACAAGUCCAGUUGCAAUAUACACCAUGAACUCAGGUGGAUUCUUAUCACCGAAAUCCUGUCAUAAUAAAAUCCACCGUUUUCACACGUCUGACAUAUAUCCCAAAGCUUGUUGGUUUUAUGAUCGUUAUGGUAAUUCAUCAAAUACAGUGCAACGUCAGUCGCCAUGCUGUCAUAUGGUUCGUUUAAACGGUCUCAUCAAAUCUGUAAGCAUGGAGCAUUUAAGAUGCUUGAAGCAGACUUCUGUAGGUUAUUCACAGCAAACGAAUGGUCUGAAAAAUUCAUUUGUAUCUUGUGAUCGGUUAAACACAACACCAUUUACAGACACAAGCAUUCCAGUUGAGUCACGUUCAUCUGGAGAUGGUCAAACAGAUGAUGAAGAGGAAUUAGGCGGAGUUAAUUACCGAAUUACUCCUGACAUUCGGUCAAAAAUCAAUUCAAAUUCUUCAAAUGAAGUAAAAGUUUUCCUAGAUCCUCACUCCAAAUCACAUUCACCUUCAAAUUCUUUUACACACGAUCAAAUUAAUACUAAACAUCUACUUCUUCCAGGUCGUUCCGCUUUUGAAAAACAUUUAGUUCGAGAAGUAGCGUACUUUGAAAUAUGUGAAUUUUUAAUUGGACAAAUAGAAGAAAUUUAUGAUAUGGAAAAUUGUGAGUUUUUAAAUUCUGUGUAUGGCGAAAAAAAGAAGGACAAAUCUUUACAAAUUCCUAAUGACUCUCAGGUUCACAAAUCGAAUACUUUACCUUCAAGUCUACUCUCGUCACAUAUGACUUUGGUGGAUGUUACUGACCAAAAUUUACGUAAUCCAUUAAUCAAUUCAACAUUGCAUAGUCAAUCUAGAGAAACCGAUUACUGUGAGCAUUGUGUAGAUAGCGCGACGGGACUGGCAGUUUCACUAGUCAAUACGUGUAUACAAGAAACUGCUCAAAACGAAAAACAAGAAAUGAUUUUGUUUAAAUUUUUAAAAUUACAAGAACAACUUCUCAAAACUUGUGAUAUUAACUGGGUUCGUUUAAAUCAGCAGUUUAUCGAAUCGCCAAGAUCAACGAGGUUUAAUUAUGAUACUAAAUUUCAAAACUUUUCCAAAAAUAAUCGGCUAUCAAGUCCAUCUAGUAAUUCAAUACAACUCAAUUCUCAGGGAAGGUCCAACACAUUUCAUCAUUUGACUUCAUUAUCUCAGUCAAGUAAUUCGAAAAGAGCUAUGAAAUCAAUCUCACAAUCUGAUUAUUCCUCUUCAGUGUUAACCUCAUCUAGUUCAUUUGUUAAUCAUUCAACAACGCUUUCAAAACCUACCAUAAAUAAAUUGAGUAAUAAUUCAACUAUUAUCAUAGAUACACUUUCAAAGAAUGAUAAUAGUAAUAACAAUGAUAAUCAUGCUAACAAUAGGUCGUUAAUUUCUUUAAAUAAAGAUUUUCAAUUAUCGGGUAAAAUUAGAUCCGAUAAUCAAGACUAUCCUACAUCAUCAUUGUCACUGUCAUCAGCGUUUGGCUGUACACCUUUACCAUAUGGAUUAUUGAUCAAUCCACCUAUCCAAAAAUCUAAACGUAAAGGAGUUCUUGCUAGUCAAAAUAACCGAUGCGCUGGUUGCGGUGCCUUCAUUGAAACUCGAUAUCUUAAAAGAAUGCGUUUUUGUGAAUUUUUCGGUCGUUACUUUUGUUGUGUUUGUCAUUCGAAUACACUUAUGACUCUUCCUGGUAAUUUAGUGACCUGUUGGGAUUUUCGUAUGUUAUCAGUCAGUAAUUUUGCACGUGAUCGACUUCGUCAGUUGCAUAAUCAACCUUUAUUAAGAACAAUCGAUUUUAACAAACAAGUCUUAAACCGUCAGUCUAAUCUUGUGAAUUGUUUGACUUUACGUAAACAAGGGAAUUUGAUGUUACCAUUUAUUCAACAGUGUCAAACAGCCCAGCAAUUAGUCGACUUUACUUCUAUACCAAGCCAUUGGUUCGAAACACCAGAUUUAUGGAGUAUGGCUGACUUACAUUCUGUUCAUGAUGGAAAAUUAUCAAUAACUUUACGUGCAUUACUCUUACCAUUAGUAGAGCAUAUAUCAAUAUGUAAACGAUGUUUAGCUUGUGGCUUUAUUUGUGAAAUAUGUAAAUCUGGUCAAAUUCUUUUUCCAUUCGGUCAAGUAAAUACCGCAAUAUGUUCCGGUUGUUCAGCUUGUUUUCAUCGUGCAUGUUUACAUUCCCCGAAUCCGGAAACAUGUCCAAGGUGUAUUAGACGUGCAGUUAAACGGGAACAAUUAAUUUGA